ACAACGCGAUGAACAGAUCCCUGUUUCUAAUUCUUUUUGUGGGCAUCUCCUGCCUGGAGAUUCUCCAGGCGCGCUCUCUUCCGCAGGGAGAGCGGCAUAGAUUCGUGCGCAGAAGGAUCUCCCCCGACGAUCCAAAUCUGGAGAUCAUCGAGGUCAAGGAGGUGUUCUAUGUGCGGAGGCCCAAGAAGGUGGUGGUCCCAUUGGACGAGGACGAAAUCGAUUGGCGGAUCCGCUGCGACUUCGAACCAAAUCUCGCGGAGUGUAAGGAAUUGGUAAAGAAACCUGUGACUCCAAGUUUGCCUACCAGGCCACCAUCCACCACCACCACCACUACAACCACUCCGGCGCCCACAACCACCAGAAGCACCACUCGUAGAACAACCACCACCACUGAGCCUAUGGACCUCUGCGAUUUUGAUCCCACUGCGGAGGAAUGUGCACCGCCAACCACCAGCUCUACUAGCACCACAACCACUACAACUACCACUACAGAACGAUUAGAACUUCCGGAAUUAUCCUCUCCUGAAACUGAACCCCAACCUGAACCAGAACCGGAACCAGAACCAGAACCUGAACCAGAACCAGAACCGGAACCAGAACCUGAACCAGAAAACGAGGAGGAAGAUUACAAAGAUCCUGAAACCGAUUCGACGGCCGAUAAGGAAGCUGAGACCGAAGGUGACACCGAACCCAAGUGGGUUGAAGAACCGAAUAACGAUGAGGAUAUCGAAUUGGCAGAGGACGAUGGCGAGGGCGAUGAUGACACCGACACUCCGACGGAUCCCGAUGAUGGGGCUGAGUUUGAGGACUACGAGACCAACCUCGAUGACAACGGAACCCACUCGAUUGGCGCCCACGAUUCUGGCGCCUGGAAUUAGAUUUAAAUGGGAAGCAGUAAAGCUUAUAUGUUACUCUGAACGCAGGUCAAUAAAAUUAGUAAUAACGGAA